AUGGCUCGAUCAGCCAUCGUUCAAGAAUACACCCCUCCGUCAGCUCCCACCCUCACCGACGACCACAAGGUCACGCUCGAACGGCUCUCGCGCAAUGGACUCCCCCGACCCAAAGGCUACCGGGUGUCGUGGCACGCCAACCCGGCAGUCGAACUGCACCACUUCGGCCAGUCGCACCCGAUGAAGCCGUGGCGUCUCACGCUCACCAAGCAGCUGGUGAUGGCGUACGGCAUGCACCACGCGAUGGACCUGUACCUGGCGCGGGCGGCGACGUACGAGGAGCUGGCCGAGUUCCACAAGACCGACUACCUGGACUUCCUGCGGCAGGUGGUGCCGGGCGACAUGGAGAAGGCGGAGCAGAGCGAGAACAUCGCGCGGUUCAACUUUGGCGACGACUGCCCGAUCUUCGACGGGCUGUACGACUACUGCGCGCUGUACGCGGGCGGCACCGUCGACGCGGCGCGCAAGCUCUGCAACAACCAGGCCGAGAUCGCGGUCAACUGGUCGGGCGGGCUGCACCACGCCAAAAAGGCCGAGGCCAGCGGCUUCUGCUACGUCAACGACAUCGUCCUGGGCAUCCUGCAGCUGCUGCGCCUGCACCCGCGCGUCAUGUACAUCGACAUCGACGUCCACCACGGCGACGGCGUCGAGCAGGCCUUCUGGUCCACCGACCGCGUCCUCACCGUCUCCUUCCACAAGUACGACAAGGAUAACUUCUUCCCCGGCACCGGCGCCCUCGACAGCACCGGCCCCACCCAUCCGCUCAACCCGGGCGCCCACCACGCCAUCAACGUGCCCCUCCACGACGGCAUCGACGACCACUCCUACAUCCAGCUCUUCCGCGACGUCGUCGGCGCCUGCGUCGACACCUACCGCCCCGGCGCUAUCGUCCUCCAGUGCGGCGCCGACUCCCUCGGCUGCGACCGCCUCGGCUGCUUCAACCUCAACGUCGCCGCCCACGGUGCCUGCGUCGCCUUCGUCAAGACCUUCAACCUGCCCCUCCUCGUCGUCGGCGGCGGCGGCUACACCCCGCGCAACGUCUCCCGCGCCUGGGCCCACGAGACCUCCAUCCUCAUCGACGCCCAGGACGUCAUCGACCCCGUCAUCCCCGAUGUCGUCAAGUUCCGCAACCACUUCGGCCCGGACUACUCGCUCUUCCCCCCGCUGUCCGAGAUGCGCAAGCUCGAGAACAAGAACCCCAGGUCCUACCUCAACAAUCUGGUCCAGUCCAUCCGCGAACAGCUGCGCUAUAUUGAAGGCGCCCCCAGCGUGCAGAUGAGCUUCAUCCCCCCAGACAUUCUGGGCUUGCGCGAAGAAACCGAAAAGGAGAUCGAGGAGGAAACCGCCCUCGCCGACGAAGAGCGGGAAGGCUCCGGCAGCCUGGGCAAUAAAAACAGUCGACGGCGGGAGCUGGAAAGGGCGGCUGGAACGCGUGGCGAGUUGUACCCGUCUUGA